UGGUGUUUAGUGUUUGCUAACCCUGGGUACGAGAUUGGGUUCAGCUGAGGUGUAAACUGUUCCAGCUGUAAACCGUGCCAUUUGUGUCCUGUUUCUGUCCGGAUUUCGCCUUUUUGUGCCAAACCCUGUCCCAGAUCUGUAAUGGACGGGGACUGUGCCACCACAGAGGACCUGUGUAUGCAGCGGUUCGGGAAGAAAAAGCCGCACCGGGCGUGCUUGGUGCUGGCUCGGGGAGGAAGCAAGGGAAUCCCGCUGAAAAACAUCAAGCCUCUGGCGGGCACGCCGCUGGUGGGCUGGGUCCUGCGGGCUGCUAUCGACUCCGAGGCGUUCGACAGUGUGUGGGUGUCGACUGACCACGAUGAGAUAGCUGCGGUGUCGCGGGAGUUCGGAGCCCAGGUGCACAGACGCAGCCCGGAGGUCUCGCGUGAUGCGUCCACUUCCCUGGAGACGAUACAGGAGUUCAUCAGGGCGCAUCCAGAGGUGGAUAUCUUCGGUAACGUCCAGGCCACGGCGCCGUGUGUCCACCCGUUCCACCUGCGGAAGGCCAUGAAGGCCAUGACUGAGGACGGGUUUGACUCCCUGUUUGCCGUGGUGAGAAGACAUGCCUUCAGGUGGAAGGAAGUCAAAGAAGGUGAGGUGACAGCGCCAUUGAACCUGAACCCCGAGAAGAGACCCAGGAGACAGGACUGGGACGGCGAACUGAUUGAGAACGGAUCCUUCUACUUCUGCACUACUGCCCUGGUGCAGAAAGGCUUACUACAGGGUGGGAAGGUGGGAUAUCUGGAGAUGGCAGCGGAGUACAGUGUGGACAUCGACAUCGACAUUGAUUGGCCAAUUGCAGAGCAGCGCGUUUUGAGGUUCGGUUACUUUGGUAAAGAAAAGAGGCAGGCUCCAUGUCUGGUGGUGGUGAGUGCUGAAGGUGCGCUGACCGAGCUCAGGUUCAUCUCCAUUGUUGUAACUAAGAGUGUUUUUGUGCAGGCUCCAUGUCUGGUGGUGGUGAGUGCUGAAGGUGCGCUGACUGAGGCUCAGGUUCAUCUCUCGCCAACCGGCGAGGAGUUUCGCUCCUUCAACGUCCACGACAUCAACGGUAUGAAACAGCUGGCCAAUAGGGGUGUGGAGGUGAGAAUCAUCUCGGAGGAUGAGAGUCAGGUCCAUCGCCAACUGGCUGCCAAGAUUGGCUGUAAACUGGAGGAAGGCUGUGAGGACAAGCUGGCCAUUGUGGACUCAUGGAGGAAGGACCUUGGUCUGGACUGGCUGCAAGUGGCAUAUAUAGGGAGUGAUGCCAGUGACUCCGAGUGCAUCAAGAAGGCAGGGGUGAACGGCUGCCCGCUGGACGCUCAGUAUCCCGCCAAGAACUACUCGCGCUUCGUGUCCAAGAGGCGCGGCGGCCAGGGGGCAAUCCGCGAGUUCUGCGAGCACGUGGAAAUUACAAUCGAGAAAGCAAAUAAUGAGAAUAAGCCAAGACCAGAAUAGAUGUGUGAAUUUGCAUCUUUGUAUUGUUAAGUUUGCAAUAGCCUGGACUAAAAGUAAGGUAGUCUUCUUCUCAAAUUGAUUAAAAUAUGCAUUUCUCUCAAACUCAUUUUUUGCUGAAGAAUAGUGCAGGCCUGUGUUGAUGUCUACCUGUAUAUGGCCUGCAAUGGGCCUUGUAUUAGGCACAUUAGUCUUGAGAUUGUUCUUAUUACUGCACUUAUCUUUUCCAACUGUGAAAUGGUAAACAAAGUAUUGAAAUCAAAGGUUUCUAGUGCAAUAUCCUACAGGUUCUGUAGAAUAAACUUCUCAAUGGUGUAAGAUCCACCUUUUUGAUGGACACCUUCUUCAUGAAAGUACACGUACCUCAUCAUCUUUCUACAAACUUUUUUAUACCACAAAUGGUGGUACUACCUGUACAUUGAGAAAUUGGAAUAAGUUUGUUCAGCUUACUUUUCUAUCUCUGUCAUAGGUGUCAAUUCAUAGCUAAAGUUCCUACAUAACAAACUGGUGUAUCUGCAUGAAAAAGGCAAAAAUACAGUAAGAACUGUAAAAUAGCAAAAAUGAGUGUGUGGGGUUUCUUAAUAUGUCUUUAUUAUGCCUCUGAUGGGAACUUCUGGUUCAUGUAUGUUUAUUACUAUGAACCACUCUACUGUACCAUUCAUUUUCUAGUUUUAUGAGUCCCAUACAUGUAAGCCAGUACUGGUUUCUUUGAUAUAUAUCAUACCAUUGUUCCCAUCCCAGUGGAGCUGAUUAAGGCCACAGAGAUGUACAAGUAGGUUGUAUUCAACUUGAAUAGACCUCUUCAGGUGACAAUGAUUCAAAAGUGUCAUGUUGACUUUUUGUCUUAGCAGCAAGCAUAUAAGACUAACUACUGUAAUGUAGUCUGCUCAUGUUUCCUGUCAAAACCUUGUGUACUACAAUAAGCACUAUCCAUGUAACUACUAUAUAGUGCUCAUAUAGACAUUGUGUAGCAUCCUGUGCCAUUGUAUGUAUAGAACUGAUAAUAUUCUAUGAUAGCAAAUUUCAAACAUGCUCAGUAAUUAAAGAUCACUUCAAAUUGAUUAAUUUUAAAUUCUACUCCCUUAAUUUACUCUACCUUUGUAGAUUAUUUUAGAAUCCUGGUACUUGUUUCUGAAUUUUGUAGCAAUUUCCUCUGUGUGGAAAAUUUAGUAAUACCGAGUAAAUUUUAUGGAAAGUUAAAAUAUGAUGUACAACAUAUUCCUGUAUAUGCUACUAUGAUCCAUUUUAAAAUCAAUUAGGCCAUUGUACAAUACUUACAUCUCUUGCAUAAUAAAUGCUUGCAUUACCUAUUGAUA